AAAGCGCCUUACGUCUCUUGGGAAUGAAUGUUGCCAGCAGUUGCAAUGGCCGCCCGCAUCCGCUUGCUGAGGAGGGCAGCUUGUUACUGGCAUUUGUAUCCAUUUACAGAGGGAAAGCCAUGAAGCGGGCACCUCAGGGAUAAAUGGGCGAAGGGCGACUCGUUAUUUCAGGUGGGUGACUCCGGCAUCAACUACUCCACGAAAUCGCCCCGUGUGGGAAAUGUGGCUUCCCUGGGAAGGUCUGUGGGCAGCGGCUUGUUACCCCGGGCUGCGCUAUCCAGCUUUAUAACCCCAGGAGCAUCGCUCUGACUGAGGCAGCAUGGGUAAUGUCGUGGCCAUGGCCACCUCGCCGCCAUAUUGGAGAAAGCACAAGAAGAGGGUCCCACUGCCCAAUCCUGGGAGCUUCGAUGAGCUGCACAGGAGCUGCAAAGAGGUUUUCCCGCAGCAGAUGGAGGGUGUGAAGCUAAUUAUCAACAAGCCCCUUAGUAGCCACUUUCAGGUCAGCCACUCGAUUCACAUGAGCACAGUGGGCCAGUCCAGUUACCACUUCAAUGCAAAGUAUGUGGGAGACUAUCAGCCCAGCCCCACAGAGACGUUCCCCAUGUUGACUGGAGAUGUGGAUAAUGCAGGGAGCCUGAAUGCUCAGAUCCACUGCCUGCUGGCCGAUCGGUUCCGAUCCAAAGCCGUCUUCCAGACCUAUCGCUCUAAGUUCCUCACCUGGCAGGUUGACGGGGAAUACAGAGGGGACGAUUGCACAGUGACACUGACCUUGGGGAACCCCGAUAUCCUCAACGAAUCAGUGAUCCUGGUGACCCAUUUCCUGCAGAGCAUCACCCCCCGGCUGGUCCUGGGAGGAGAAUUGGUUUAUCAUCAACGAAUGGGAGAAGAGGGAGCCAUUUUUACCAUGGCAGGGAAAUAUUCCGCUCCCAACUGGGUGGCCACGUUAAAUAUCGGCUACGGGGGCGCCCACGCCAGCUACUAUCACAGAGCCAAUGAGCAGAUCCACGUUGGGGUGGAGUUGGAGGCCAACACCAGGCUCCAGGAGACGUCCUUUGCCUUCGGUUACCACCUGGACAUUCCCAAAGCCAACGUGGUCUUUAAAGGUUCUGUGGACAAUUCUUGGUGUGUAGGGGGCAUCCUGGAGAAAAAGCUGCCCCCGCUACCUGUAACCCUGGCACUGGGGGCUUUUAUGAACCACUGGAAGAACAAGUUUCAUUGCGGCUUUAACAUCAUGGUGGGAUGAAGCCAACGACUCCUAGUGGUGAAGGUCAGAAAAGGACUCGCGGGUCCAGAACUUGUCUCUGGUGACCCAGUCUCCUAAAUAUCCACCCACGGACUGCACCUACCCCCCCCCCACCCCAUAACCACUGACACGAUCCUUGUGUGUAACAUGGAGCAGAGGCAGCAUUUGUCCCGUGGUUACUAGGCCUCGGAACCUGUUGGUAUUACAACAAGGCAGCACCAAACGUGGCCUGUGACCUGGAACCCAAUUCCUAGUAAUGGAGAACUGUGGCAGAACCGACGUUUCUGUCUUAGUCUUCAGCAGCCAGAGCCGAGCUUUGUACCCCGAACUGGCACCAAACAUUAGUUUGUAUAUUUAUACUCCCUUACAGAAACGGUCUAGUAUGAGGGUAUACUCACUGUGUGCCCAGAACAUUCCCUCUCAGUAUCUAUAGGUUGGAGUGGCCAUAUUGACUCCCUUAUAGCUUAUUUUGUGCCCAGAACAUUCCUUCUCAGUAUCUAUUUAUACCUAGAGGUUGUAGCCGCCAUAUUAUCUCCCUUAUACACUUCAGUAUGAGGCUUUAGCCUACUUUUUGCCCAGAACAUUCCUUCUCAGUAUCUAUUUAUACCUAGAGGUUGUAGCCGCCAUAUUGUCUCCCUUAUACACUUCAGUAUGAGGCUUUAUCCUACUGUUUGCCCAGGACAUUCCUUCUCAGUAUCUAUUUAUACCUAGAGGUUGUAGCCGCCAUAUUGUCUCCCUUAUUCACUUCAAUAUGAGGCUUUAGCCUACUGUUUGCCCAGAACAUUCCUUCUGAGUAUCUAUUUAUACCUAGAGGUUGUAGCCGCCAUAUUGUCUCCCUUAGCUUAUUUUGUGCCCAGAACAUCCCUUCUGAGUAUCUAUUUAUACCUAGAGGUUGUAGCCGCCAUAUUGUCUCCCUUAUACACUUCAAUGUGAGGCUUUAUCCUACUGUUUGCCCAGAACAUUCCUUCUGAGUAUCUAUUUAUACCUACAGGUUGUAGCCGCCAUAUUGUCUCCCUUAUACACUUCACUAUGAGGCUUUAGCCUACUGUUUGCCCAGAACAUUCUUUCUCAGUAUCUAUUUAUACCUAGAGGUUGUAGCCGCCAUAUUGUCUCCCUUAUUCACUUCAAUAUGAGGCUUUAUCCUACCGUUUGCCCAGAACAUUCCUUCUCAGUAUCUAUUUAUACCUAGAGGUUGUAGCCGCCAUAUUGUCUCCCUUAUACACUUCAGUAUGAGGCUUUAUCCUACUGUUUGCCCAGAACAUUCCUUCUAUCUAUUUAUACCUACAGGUUGUAGCCGCCAUAUUCUCUCCCUUGUACACUUCAGUAUGAGGCUUUAUCCUACUGUUUGCCCAGAACAUUCCUUCUGAGUAUCUAUUUAUACCUAGAGGUUGUAGCCGCCAUAUUGUCUCCCUUAUACACUUCAAUAUGAGGCUUUAUCCUACUGUUUGCCCAGAACAUUCUCUGUAAGAUAUCAUUGACUUCCUUAAGAAGUGCUCCCCCCCAGUGGUGGUGUUGAUACUGCAGUUAUUCCCUAAUUGCCCAGCACUGAUUAUUCUUUCUGCAGUACAAUUCAUUACUUAGCGCUGCCGUUGCAGGAACAAUAAACCUACAGUGACCUCAGGGACCCCUCCCAACUGUCACCCCCAGUAUUUCCUAAUAUCUGCCAUCUUUAUCAGGGUAAGAAUAGAUUUGAUUGAGGGCAGAGAGUGAAUCGACAAGUUUACUCUUCUGUGUCACCACCACUUGGAGGCGCUGCAGCCCUGCACUUACUCCAUUAUUGCAUCUCCUCUACCGAACUCUCCCUCUUGUGUUAGCCAAUCAUUAGGAGCUUUACUCACUAAUGCCUGCGGGUGGCGUUGUUUACGUUUGUAAAAAUAAUAUUCUUUCCUGUCUGUU